UCGUCGCUUUCAGUUUAUCCACGACCGUAGAAGCAAUCAAUCGGGUCUAGUCAUGGCGAAAGAUCUCGUAAUUCUCGCCUAUUCUGGUGGUCUGGAUACUAGCUGCAUCCUGAAAUGGCUGAUCCAAAAAAACUACGAUGUGGUAUGCUUUAUGGCCGAUGUUGGACAGAAUGAAGAUUUUAAAAAAGCUCAGGAGAAGGCUUUGGCGAUAGGAGCUAAAGAUGUGAUCGUGGAAGACUUGCGUAAAGAGUUCGUAUCGAACUACAUGCUGCCCGCAGUGCAAAUGGGACUGGUGUACGAAAGUCGGUACUAUCUGGGAACUUCUCUAGCAAGACCCUGCAUUUCAGUCGGCCUAGUAAAUGCUGCAAAGAAACUCGGAGCCAAAUACAUUUCUCAUGGAGCGACAGGCAAGGGCAACGAUCAAGUGCGAUUCGAACUUAGUGUUUACUCAUUGUGGCCUGAAGGUAAGAUUAUAGCACCCUGGCGGCUCCCGGAGUUUUUUGAAAGAUUUCAAGGACGGAGUGAUCUUAUUGAAUUCGCAAAAAAAGAGAACAUUCCUGUGUCAGCUACUCCCAAAGAACCAUGGUCAACAGACGAAAAUAUAAUGCACAUCAGUUAUGAAUCCGGCGUGCUUGAGGAUCCUGGAGCAAUUCCACCAAGCGGCAUCUUCAAAAUUACGCGGGAUCUAAGGCAGGCAGAAGACUAUCCAAGCACGAUCGAUAUAAACUUUGAAAAAGGAUUACCAGUCUCCGUCCGUAUCCCAAGUGGACAUGAGAAGUCUCUCGUGCUAACUGAUCCACUUGCUGUAGUGGAAACUCUAAAUAAAUUGGGAGGGCAACACGGAGUAGGCCGCAUUGACAUCGUGGAGAACCGAUUCUUGGGAUUAAAGUCCCGAGGACUUUACGAGACCCCAGCUGGAACCAUCCUUCACAUCGCUCAUGUUGAUUUAGAGGCAUAUGCUCUUGAUAAGGAAGUUCUAAGAGUCAAGAAAUAUCUUCAAGAUAAAAUGGCUGAUUUUGUUUACAACGGAUUUUGGUUUUCACCUGAAGCAACCUACACCCGAAAAUGCUUGGAACUGUCCCAAGAAACCGUUACCGGAAUGGUUACGGUACAAAUAUACAAAGGGAAUGUUAUCAUACUAGCGAGGAAGAGCGCAGCGAGUUUGUACAACAAAGAUCUGGUAUCAAUGGACAUUGCUGGUGGCUUCUCACCUGAAGACAGCACUGGAUUCAUCAACAUAAACGCUCUCCGUCUUAAGGAAUAUGCUAGAUUCAGCAAGCAAUCUCAAUAAAUGUUUGAUGUUUUAUUCAAAAUAACUGAA